CUAACACCUCUCACCGGAAAACCGCGAUUUUGAAUUUUUUUGGGCGAUUUUUGGCCAUUUUUGGUCGGCUUUUUACCAAACCACCGCCCAACCCAAUCUACCCUCAUCCUUUUCGGCAUUUACCUUGAGUUUGGGGCGAUUUGGGCCGGAUUUGUGUCACCGGAGGCGAUUUCCGGCAAGGCUCUAACGCUUAAAUCAAUCCUGGUGGGGGCUCCUCAUCAAAUCCCGGAUGAACGGGUGCUUGAGAUCCGGUUUCGUCAUGGUCCUGCAAGAGACACAUUACUGGUCCAGGAGGGAGUUUGAGAAGCAGAAUUGCUAUGACCACUUCCUCGCCAUUGCCACCAACCGCCCUUGGCGUCGUCUGCUGUCCAUUCGAGAGAAGGUUUACCACGAGCUGGUGCUUGAGUUCUAUAUGACCUUCAAGCACGAAGAGACAGAGGAUUGGGCAGACGGUGAAGCCGUCAAGUUCAGGCUCGGAGGUGCGCCCCGCUCCAUGAGCUACCACGAUUUGGCGACCGCUCUCAACCUCGGCCUGGAAGAUGAUGGGGACUACAUCACUGAGCUCAAGGAUCCAGUGGGUGUGAACUUCAAGACGCUGUACACUCGCCUAGCUCAGCCCGGCCAGCCUCCCUUCGUUGCAGGGCGAACGAAGGCCAGCACCCUGCAGCUCGAUAACCGCAUUCUCCACCACAUGCUGGCGAAGUCCUACACUCCAACUGCGGAAAGUGCCAGCACCCUCACCAAGAGAUCCGUGUACUUCAUUCAGUCCAUCCGCCAGACGGACCAUCCUCUCCACCUGGGUUCUGUGGUGGCCAGAUCCUUUGACAAGAGUGCUUCAGAACUGCGGAGCCUACACUGCACUCCCCUCAUCACCUGCCUGGCCACCUACUUCCAGAUAUCACUGCAGGGUUGCACAGAGCAGGGGGGCACUAGUACUUUCAGUGAAGACACGAUCAAGAGUAUGCACCUGCUGCGAGUCGAGCGCGACAACAAGUGGAUCGCGGGGUUUCCUGAACCUCAGAUCCCAGCGGAGGACCAGCUCGAUGCUCCUAAGGAUGAGGCUGUUGAGGAUGUCCAUCCCGAGGAUGUGGAUGAUGUUGAUGCCCCCCGCCCGAUCACCUUCGAGUACGGGGGUGGCAGUUCCACCUUUCCAUCCCAGGACUACUUCACUCACUAGUUCUAGCAGCUGAGCAUCCAGAACCAGCAACUCCUCGACCAUCAGCUCCACUUCCAGCAGCAGUACUUGGCUCACCAGGCCGAGUAUCAAACCCGGAUGGCUUCUUAUGAUGAGCGCCUUGACCGUAUGGAGACCCAGCAGGGGGUGACCCUUGAUCACAUCGAGCGGGAGAAGGCCCGAUCUCGGCGUAUGCAGGAGGUCCAGCAGCACCUCCUCUAGCUGUGUGUGCGGGAGAAGGCCCGAGUAGUCUAUACUCGUCGCCCCUCAUAGUGUGUUUUUGUUUAAGACUUUUCUUGUUUGCUCCAUGUGUGUGCGGAGCUUGAACUAAGUCUGUCAUUUGGUUUUGCAUUUUUUCUUUCUUUUGUGGAUUGUCUAUUCUGUGGCCAUCUGGGAUAACUCUGAUCCCUAACGCACAGUGUGCUAGUGUGUUCUUGAUGUUCCCUUCGUGCAGAACUGUUCCAUUCAUUCCAUAUGUUCCUCGUUGACUGGUCCACUUCCAGUCCCCGACAGUCUUUCCAUCUGGUAACAUCGUUCUCCUUAUCUUUACCUUGCUCCAUUGAGGGCAAUGUCGUGCUUAAGUGUGUGUGUGUGGGGGGGGGGGGGGGGGUGUUUAUCUAUUGUUGAAUGCUAGAUGAGUUUGUGUGCUUGGAGCCUAGUUCACUGUCCAAUUUGAUGAAUUGAGGGCUCCAAGUACCGGUGAAAUGCAAACUAGGGAGGUAGUUGUAGCACUAUGGAGGAUGUUGAAGUAUUCUUUGAAUUGACAGUCUUAAUGGUGAAAUGCAAACUAGGGAGGUAGUUGUGCCAGUUGAUUUUGUGAACUAGUGGAUUUAGGGCCGUUGAUUCAUGUGGUAUUGAUGACUCCUCUUAUGUUGUGUGUGUUGACUCGUGUAUCGAAAAAGGGUGCUCAAGUGUGAAAUGAAAAAGCAGUUGGUCCUCCAUGUAAAAAAUUUGAAAUUCUAAG